GGAAAACAAACGACCCUGCCUCUCAAAAAGAGAUAUAACCACCACCGACCACCGAUACGGCCGUUCCCAUUUACAAAUACGGUUAAAUCUCCGCCCAAAUCUCACUCCGCCCGCUUUCACUCGCAACUGAGGGGGAGAAAAAAAAAAUUCGAUGGCCAGAUUCCCCAAAUCCUUCUCAUUCCUCAAAUCUAGGGUUUAUGGGAAGUGAAAUGUCAGAUCCCGGUGGAGGUGGAGGGGGAGUCCUCAAGCUCCGUUGCUCGAUCCAGAACUACGAUUGGGGGAUUCGAGGCGAGGAAUCGACGGUAUCGAGGUUGUUCGAGAGGAAUUCUGGCGGGAGAAUUGUACCGGAGAAACCCUAUGCUGAGUUUUGGAUGGGGACUCAUGAGUCAGGGCCGUCGUUCGUCGGCGAUCGGACGUUGAAGUCUUGGGUGGAGGAGAACCCUAGGGUUUUGGGGGAGAAGGUUCUGGAGAAAUGGGGCCCUGAUCUUCCCUUUUUGUUCAAGGUUCUGUCGGUGGCAAAGGCUUUAUCAAUACAAGCACAUCCAGAUAAAGAGUUGGCAAAGACACUAAACAAGAAGCAACCUAACAUUUAUAAAGACCCAAACCAUAAGCCUGAGAUGGCAAUUGCCAUCACAGAGUUCAAGGCUCUUUGCGGCUUCGUCAGCACUAAGUUGGUGCUUCCAUUAACAUUGAGCUGGGUGUAUAGUUUCUUAUCCCAGGAGCUCAAGAAUGUUUUUAGUAAUGUUCCUGAGAUCAAAGAGCUGGUUGGUCUAGAAGAUGCAAACAAAAUAAUGGAUAUUAAGCAACAAGACAAACAUGAGGGAGUAAAGGCUAUUCUACGGUCAAUCUUCACUAGGCUUAUGUCAGCUGAUAAAGGCAAAAUUUCUGAACUAGUACUAAAACUGAUAAGCCGUUUGAAUGAGGAAAGUAAGAUAAGAAAGCUGAAUGAGAAGGAAGACCUUGUGCUACUAUUGGAGAAGCAGUAUCCAUCUGAUAUUGGAGUUAUAUCGUCAUUCUUCUUCAACUAUGUGAAGCUUAACCCAGGUGAAGCCUUGCACAUUGGUGCUAAUGAACCCCAUGCGUAUAUUUCUGGCGAAUGUAUUGAAUGUAUGGCAACAUCAGAUAAUGUUGUGCGAGCUGGACUUACUCCUAAGUACAGGGAUGUGCAAACUCUUUGUUCUAUGCUGACAUAUAAACAGGGCUUCCCUGAAAUAUUGCAAGGUGUUCCCUUAAACCCUCACAUCUCACGGUAUACACCUCCGUUUGAUGAAUUUGAAGUUGAUCGCUGCUUACUUCCAUCAGGAGAGUCUGUAGUUAUCUCUGCUGUCCCUUGCUCAUCCCUACUUCUUGUCGUAGCUGGCACAGGCAGUUUGUGCACGGGCUCAGCAGCUGGAGAUACUCUGAUCAGUGAGGGUAAUGUAUUUUUUGUGCUGGCUAAUACUGAGAUCAAAAUUUGUGCUGAUAAAAAGUUGCAGCUGUAUAGAGCUGGAGUAAACAAGAAGUUCUUUGAGUGUUAGAAGGCAAGAUUACUGGUGAAAGGGUUUGUGCACGGGCUCAGCAGCUGCAGGUACAGUGAUCUGUGAGGGCCAUAUACUCUUUGUGCCGGCCAAUACUGAGAUCAAAAUUUGUGCUGAUGCUCAUGGAAUGUUGCAGCUGUAUAGAGCUAGAGAAAACAACGAGUUCUUUGAUUGUUAGAAACCAAGAUUGUGGUGAAAGGGGUAAGUAUUCUGUAUUCUUUUUUUAAAAUUUUUUAUUUGAAGGUUAUGUUAUACCGUGUAUUAUGAGUUGUAAUACAGACUUUAUCCGAAAUGUAAAAUUAAUUGAAAAAAUAAGUUAUUUUGUAUCAACAUUGAUUUCACCUAAAUAUAAUCAAGAAAUCUUUUUCUC